AUGAAUCUACUUUUAGGACACGCUAAGACAAUGGAGUCAUGUAUGGUACAAACCUGCACCUCGGCAGCUACAGCUAACUCAUCAGCCUUUUUGUUCACUCAACUAAUUCAGGCCCUAUUGGUCGCUCAAUGCUCUAUAAAGAGCCAGCACAACUACCCGGCCGACCGUACCCAAGAGAUUCUCGAUCAAAACCUGGACUUUGACUUCAUAGUAGCCGGGGGUGGCUCAGCUGGUUCAGUAUUGGCCAAUCGUCUGACCGAGAAUCCCAACUGGCGUGUCCUUCUUGUCGAACGAGGUGAUGACCCCUCGCUCACAAGCGAUAUUCCUGGCCUGUUUUUGCUGCUUCAGCAUACACCCGAGGAUUACGGCUAUAAAGUAGAGCCAAACGAAUAUUCAUGCCUGGGUAUGCGAAACAAGCGCUGCUCUUGGCCCACAGGCAAGGCUCUUGGAGGCAGUUCGGUAAUAAAUGGGAUGUUAUACGUUCGAGGCACUAAACAAGAUUUUGAUGGCUGGAAGGAUCAGGGCAAUGAUGGCUGGGGCUACGAGGACGUGCUCCCAUAUUUCCUUAAGAUCGAGAAUUAUCACCCAGAGGUAGUUGCCAAAUACGGUGGUACAUUUGGAACUGGAGGACCACUUACGCUCAGGCCUUACAAUUACUCGGUGUCCGGGGCCCAGGAUUUGCUCCUCGAAGCAGCCAAAGAGUUGAGAAUACCGGUCUUGGACAUGUUCAACAAAGAAGAGAAUAUUGGAUUUGGCAAGGCUUAUGGUGCUUUGGAAAACGGGGUUCGCCAGAACGACGCCAAGGCCUAUCUCAAUCCGAUUAGGGACAGGAGUAACCUUUACGUUAUGAAGUCAGCUAGAGUGGAUUCAGUAGUGAUGGCUGGAAAAAGGGCCACUGGUGUAAAAGUGACACUAAAGAGUGAACAAGUGGAGCUGAAGGCAAAGAAAGAAGUGAUAGUUUCGUCGGGAGCACUCGCUUCUCCACAUAUCCUCAUGCUGUCAGGUAUCGGACCCCGAGAAGAACUGGAGCGCCAUAACGUAGAAUUGGUUGGCGAUCUUCCAGUUGGAAAACAUUUGCAGAACCACUUGAUUUGGAUGGGAGUUUACCUGACGUUCUUAAACAAAAGCACCCAGGCUUCUAAUACACAAGAGCGUAUAUUAGACUGGACGUACGAGUACUUAUUGCACCGUAAAGGAGAAUUCUCCACGGUAGGUGGUACAGAUCUCCUUGGAUUUUUAAAUACUAAAAAUCAAAAUGCUAACUAUCGCAAUAUCCAAUUCCAUUUUGCCCAUAUACCACAAAACCAACCAGAAAAAAUAGCCACAGUCGGGAGAGCCUUUAACUUUGCGGAGGAUUUGGUGUCUGACAUGCUACAACUCAAUUUGGAAUCUGACAGCAUAGUAGUGGGCUCGAUUUUACUGCAUCCUAAAAGUAUAGGACAGUUAAAACUAAAAAGUAAAUAUCCCAAAGAUCAAAUUGAAAUUCACGCGACCUAUUUGGAUAAUCAAGAGGAUAUCGACCAGAUGCUCGAAGGACUAGACAUAGCUCGUGGUCUACUAAAGACGAAACCAUUCAAAGAUUUAGACGCUAAACUACAUCGUUUCAACAUUGCCGGCUGUGCAGCAUAUCCAACAGAUUCUCGAGAAUACUGGGAGUGUAACAUGAGGUAUACAACUUCUACCGCUUACCAUCCAACGGGAAGUUGCAAAAUGGGACCGAAUAGUAAACAUUCAGUCGUUGAUAAUCAUUUGAAGGUACAUGGCGUUGAAGGGUUGCGUGUAAUCGACGCUUCCAUUAUGCCAGAGAUCACCAGUGGUAAUACACACGCACCAGUUUUGAUGAUAGCCGAGAAGGGUGCUGAUAUGAUAAAGAAGGAGUGGACGGUAAAAACUGAACUGUAG